AUGGUUCAAGCAAUUCAACUAGCUCAUAUCCCUUCAGACUUGACCUUGUUCGUUGCGCUUUACCGUGACGUCAAGAACGCGGCGUUUCUUAGAGAACAGCUCCUUGCUGGGAACACCGAUUUCGAAUAUGCCUUUAUUGACGCCAGCACGGUGAUUUCUACCAAGCAUGCCCUAGCCGCCGCUUUUCGCGCGAUCAAUGACUACCUGAAUGACCGACUGAAAUCCAGAAACGUCCACUCAGAGACUGUCUAUGCGCUCAGUCCAAAUAAUAAUAUCGGUGAAGCAUUUCGCAGGUUUGGUGUGAGUGAAACGACAAAGGACUUGCUGGUCAUGAAAAUCGCCACGCAGAUUCAAAUCACUCAGGAAAGCGUGACCCGCCAUCUCGGCGAUAACAUCCAAGGGGAGGAAGUGCCAUUCGAGGAUCGGUCAAUCCAGGAUAUCAGCGACAUCAACCGAAUCAAGAAAAUUUAUAAGAUCGCUCCGCCCCCAGCGCGUAAGGGCAACAAACAAGUCGCUGGCGAUUCCGGCAUCUCGAAAGAUCAAACCAGUAAUCUUGAAGUUCAGAUCCUUGGAGCAAUGGCAUUGAGGGGUGCGACGUGA